AUGUCGGAGAAGGAUGAGUUGGACAUUCUGCUCUCCGCUGCCGAGGGCGGGGACAACAUCUACGUGUCCACGCAUGACCCGAAGUUCAACCGGAGCAUCGCAAACCUGAACGUGAAGGAGUCCAUCGACAUGGCUCACUACCUUUACGUGGAAAGUGGCCUGUAUUCUAGCAGGCGUGAGCUGAGCAACAAUUUCAAAUAUCAGAUUCCAUCUCAUCUUGUCGACAGCGCGGCUACCGAAGGCCUGAAAUUCAAGGACAACGUAUGCUAUGACUAUCUCGUUGCCCUUGGAUGCCGUGGUUGCAACCGUUCUGUCGACUUCAAGUCUCCGGGCAUGUUUUUUGAUGGCUCCGCAGGCAACACGAUGCGCCGUGACUUGCAAUGCCCGCGUUGCGGGCAUACAAUCGCUCCAAUUUUCAGCUCGAGCUGCACGGAUGAUUAUGUGGACAGCUUACGUCGAUCUGCGGCGUUCGGUCGCGGCAACGAGGGCGAGAAGGCGUACAUGUACGGCUUCCGUCAGGGUUGCGAGUUUGACAACUCUGGCAAGAAGUGGUGGAACGACUUUUCUCGCCGGGAAGGCGCUGCCGCGGAUGAGGGCAGCACCCUGUUCAUGGCCAAGAAUGCGAACAAGAGCAGCCGCGAGGUGGUGAAACAGUUAUGCGAGAAGUGUGGCUGUGAGGAAGCCUACUACUCCACUUUCCAGGCACGUUCUGCUGACGAGGGUAUGACCGUGAUGUACGAGUGCAAGCAUUGCAAGAACAGGACGGUUGUCAACACGUGA